CUGUCAGUGCCUCGUGCGCAUUGUGUGUGCCGACCGUGCUCGUGUGUGAAAAUCGGACCAAAAUGGGUUCGCGAGGUAUUUUGCAGGUUUUCUCACCGAAAGGCUUCGGCCUUCUGGCUUCCGCCGGCCGGUUGCCGGGCCGGACGGCGUGCGGUGUCUGUAAAGGUAGCACUACCCACCCGCAACAGCACCAGCCCAUCAGCCGACAUCUCUUCACACCGGCCGCCAUCCAGCGACCGCCGCUAGGACGUUCCAGUUGUACCACACUGCGAAACACUAGGACGUUUUACACUUCAAACAUUCUCCACAAAAAGGACUAUUACGGUACGCUCGGUGUGACAAAGAACGCGUCGCCGAAGGAGAUCAAAAAGUCGUACUAUCAGCUGGCCAAAAAGUACCACCCGGACACGAACAAAGACGAUCCGGAUGCGGGCCGCAAGUUUCAGGAAGUUUCCGAAGCUUACGAGGUGCUGAGCGAUGACACGAAGCGGCGCGAGUACGACACUUUCGGACAAACGUCCGAACAGAUGAAUCGCAGAGGCGGCGGUCGCCCGGGGGCCGGCGCUGGGCCGCAAGGAUUCUCGCAGAACUGGCAGUUCCGUUCGACCAUCGAUCCGGAGGAGUUGUUCCGGAAGAUUUUCGGUGACGGUGGUUUCCAGUCAGGUUUUGACGAUUUUAGCGAUUCCAAGUUCGGGUUCGGCGGAGCCCAGGAGAUCACGAUGAACCUAACGUUCGCACAGGCCGCCCGGGGUGUGAACAAGGACAUCGACGUGAAUGUGGUGGACACGUGUAUGAAGUGCAGCGGAUCGCGCUGCGAACCCGGUACCAAGCCGGGCAAGUGUCAGUACUGUAACGGCACGGGUAUGGAAACGAUCUCGACCGGACCGUUUGUGAUGCGAUCGACGUGCCGCUACUGUCAGGGGACCCGGAUGUACAUCAAGUACCCGUGCCUGGAGUGUGGCGGCAAGGGACAGACGGUGCAACGAAAACGGGUUACCGUGCCGGUGCCGGCCGGUAUUGAGGACGAGCAGAUGGUGCGCAUGAACGUGGGUAGUAAGGAGAUUUUCAUCAAAUUCCGGGUAGAGAAAAGCCGCUACUUCCGACGGGACGGAGCCGAUGUACACACGGACGCGAGCAUCUCUCUGUCGCAAGCGAUCCUGGGCGGAACGAUUCGCAUCCAGGGUGUGUACGAGGAUCAAACGAUCCAGAUCGCACCGGGAACGUCCUCGCACGCGCUUAUCAAUCUCUCCGGAAAGGGGCUGCGUCGGGUGAACAGCUACGGUAGUGGCAAUCAUUAUAUACACUUGAAGAUUCAAGUACCGACCAAGCUGACCCCAAAACAGAAAGCGCUCAUACAGGCAUACGCGGAACUGGAAGAAGACACACCGGGACAGAUAAUGGGAGUUACGUUUAAGACCGAUGGUAAGUCGUCCACGUCCAAUUUCUCCUCCUCCUCCUCUUCCACCUCCGCAUCGUCGUCGUCAUCGUCGUCUUCUUGGUCUUCAUCGAACGUGUCCGAGAAGUACACGCAGGGCGCACGGGACGAAUCUUACGACGAGUAUGCGACGCACGAUAAAACCGAAACGGCGAGCUACCGGAAGGAGCAGCUAGGGUCAAGAUUCUACUUUUCGCUCGGUGUCCUGGUCGUCCUGGGGUGGUUCAGUUACUACAUGUACCAACAGAACCUGGCGAAGUUUGAGCGCGAACAAGAGGAGGCUCGCGAGCGCCAAAGACAGGACCGGUUGUACGAAAAACUCAAGAGUCCGUUCGACGGAACGGUGUAGAGCAGGAAUCGAAACAACAAACAUCGAUUGUUAAGUGGAGUUGAGUGAAAAGGACAAU